AUGAUGAUGUCGGGUCCUCGACCGAAGCGACGGCGUUUCGAGUUUCAGCCAGGGGACGUGGUGAUCAAGAUCUUGGUGAGCACAGGCACGGCGGGCAAGAUCAUUGGUACAGGUGGUGCUGAGGUCAAGGCGCUACGGGCCCAGACUGGCGUUACCCUGCAUAUUUGGGAGAACAAGUUUAUGGGAACAGGCCUCCAAGUGGUUGUUCUAGGAGGCCAGCGUGCUUGUGUGGACCAGGCUUUGAUGUUUGUGACGGAGAAGUUAAUGGAAGAAGGUUCGGCGUCGGGCAGUGAUGCUAGUGCGCAAUUGCUCUUGACAAGCAAUGCCAUCUCCAAGAUCAUUGGCGCAAAGGGAGCAACCAUCUCACAGCUUCGGCAGGAGUUCGGGUGCCACCUGGAGGCAGACAAGGUCACGCACCAGGGCGAACAGCUGCUGAAGGUCAACGGUCCCGGCGGGAUGGUCCAGCAACUGCUCAUUAAGUUGACUGAGUUCGUCGAGGGGGCAGGAGAUUCCCAGCAAGUAGCCAACAAUGAUUACAGCGACUAUCACUACGGUGCUGGUGCAGCCUUCGUUGGAAAUGUCGGACCUUGGUCAAAGGGCAAGGGCCCACCUGCCAAAGGGCUGUUUGGUGGCAAAGGGCUCGGAGGGGCUCUGGCCCCGAUGGCUUCUGCAGGUAAAGGGUUCGGAGAUGUUGGAGGUGGCCACCCGAACCAUAUUGGCCAGGAGACCAUGCAAAUAGAUCUUCUGCAGGCUGAGUCUGAUCCGUCUGUCCUGUCGAGCGUCUCCACGAUCCAGUUUGCCAUUCCCUCGCAGUCCGUAAGCCGUGUGUUAGGCAAGGGAGGUGUGUUCUCCAAGGAAAUCUCGAGGCAUACUGGGGCAAAGUUGGUGAUUGAUCCACCUGGUCCAGGGGCGGAAACAUGUGUAGUCACGCUGACCGGCCAAGUGGGGGGCGUGAAUCGCGCCCACUGUAUGGUCGUCUCCCGGCUGAUCUCCGAAUAUUAG